AUGGAGGUGGUGUACAAAAUGGAUAAGAAGCUGAAUGAGCUGGCCGAUUUGGUUGAUUUUGUGUCAGAAAAAUAUGAUAACCUAGUGGAGUACCAGAAGUCGACCGAAACAAAAAUAAAAGCCCUAGUAAACAUGAAUGCUCACUUGAUGAAGUGCAACAAAGCACUGGAAGAACCUGUGAAUGAGCUGGAGAGAAACACAAGGAAAAAUAGGUGGAAUUAG